AUGGCGUCACCAUACUCUGAUGCGACGCCUGGUUCAGCUGUUCAGUAUGCCUACAUGUUCGAGAAGGAUAAAGGCCCGACCAAACAGCUUGAUUCGCUUCUGCGAGCGAUUGCCCGCCACGUGAUUCUGGAAAUCGGCGACAAGGCAGAGACGCAUCUGACGCCGAGUAAACUGGCCGCCUUUUACAAAGCAGUCGGCGGCAACUACGACUCUCUCUUCGUGGAUAUGCCGCACUCGGCCAUCUCGUACAUGUGGCAAGUUACAGGAUGCCAGCACACACUGCAGCCUACGGGAAACGACUUUGAAGCGCCCUCCAUCCCCGCCCUCACAUUCCGUGGCUUCUCCAGGUGGGAGUCGCUGGAAAUCCUGCUGGGACCUGAGGAGCACGUCCCAUUCAUCCAGUACGCCGUCAAGAACUGGAACCUGAGGCAUCCAGAAACCGGCCAAGACUUCCCCGCCGAUCUGCCGGCCAGCUGCUUUCCCGCCCAGGCUGAUCAAGAUGUUGAUCGCUGGCACAAGACGUGCGCUGCCAAGUUGUGGACGGCGGCCGAGUCCUCCUCGUCCAAGGAUGAGGGCACGCACCCCAAGCCCUCGCCUUCCAACGAGAAACCCGAACCAAAGUUUGCCCACGUCCAUGUGCAUGCUCGAGAAGCCUUUGCGUCGGCUUCUUCGUCGCGGACGAGACCAACGGAUGGGGGUUAUUUCGCAAGACCCAUGUCGUACGCACACAUCCCUUCAAGAUACGCUAGCCAACGCAGACCUGAGAGAUCCCCCGAUAGAUUUCGCCGCGAUACACCUCUGAACGACAGGGGGCGGAGAAGAAGCUUCUCUGAUCAUGCCGCUGCCGAGCACGCAACGGAUCCAACACCUUCGCGUGGCUAUUCCCCGGCGUACUCUGAUGCCAAGGUGAAGAAAACAAGCGAGGGCCGGAGACACAGCCACCCUAGACAGCCGUCGUAUUCCGAGUCCUCGGACGAGAAACCGGGGCAAGACCACCGCGAUAAGCGGCGUCAUCACCUCGACUCUCCACCGCCUCCGUCGGUACGAAGAUUUAUGCGCGGGCAUGGCACUGCGCAGGCCCAGGGGCUCUCCAAUGGCUCGUCUAGUCCGCGCCCGUCACGGCUGGAUACGAGAACGGACGAGACAAAGAGGGCCAACGGGCCGAGCCCGCUGGACUCUCUGCGCACCAAGCUGUCAGAGACGGUAAGCAGCAUUCUUCCCAACGGGCUGAGCUCUGAUCGCCCACGACCUGGGUCGAGACAAAACUCGGGAACAGGGGCCGUCAGACCACGAAGAAGCCGCGAGCACCUGCGGUCAUCAAGGUUGAGUCGAAGCUACUCGGGCACGGACACGGAUGAUUCCGACGGAGGCGGGCUUCCGGAAAGCGAUGCCCGGAGAAGACGUAGAAUACUGGAAGAACGCGAAAGAGAGAGUGAGAAGGAGAGGGAGCGGGAGCGGGAGCGGGAGCGGGAGCGGGAGCGGGACAGGGACAGGGACCGGUAUCUGAGGGGCCAGGCGCGAGAGGACUGGGACGUCGACAGGGAGCAGCAAGCUGCCACCAUGAGAAGAGAAAAGAGUUAUUUGCGGCGUCGAGAGACGCAGAGAAGGACCAGCAGCCACGCUGACGUCGACCGACAGCGAGAACCCCCGGAAUGGGAGCCGCGAGAUCGCCAAGAUCGCCAAGAUCGCCAAGAUCGCCAACGGGAGCGGGAGCGAGACAGGGAACGAUUCAGGGACGAGAGGAGGAAAUGGGGUAGGAGACCGUCGCCGGACAUUGACCUGACCAGCCCUGCCGCCGCCAUGGCGAGCAGGCAAGCACAUGCUCAGGCAGCACGGUCUGGUCUGUCUGUCCCCGGAGUCGUCCAGACGCAGGACGCUGGAAAAGCUCGGACGUCUACGCCCGACCCCCCGGACCCCUUCGCCUCGUCUCGCUCACGCCUGGCCUCGCCUUGCCCUCCCUUCCUUCCCACCUCCUGCCCCGUGUCGUUGUCGUCGCCUGCUUGCUACCUCGCCUCAACACUCGAACCCUCCACCGACGCUAUGAAGGGGCGUCCCGUUGAAGACCUGGUGUACGACCAGCUCUUCGCCAAGCCCAAGGCCAGCGAUCCGCCAAACUUCCAGGCCUUCCUGCAGCGCAACCUCAUCACCGAGGUCCGCCAGGAGACGCAGGCCUUUUACGGCCACCUCGACACCCAGGAGGCCAAGUACCCGGGCCUCGACUACACGCACAAGACGCACCGCAUCCGCCUCUGGAGAUGGCCGUGGCACAGGCGCCUCUUCCGCGCCUUUGACGCCCUGCGCCUGACCCCGGCCGAGAUCGGCUCCCUGACCAAGUGGGAGGGCACCAAAUGGGCCAAGGACAAGUUCGAGAAGGAGCAGGGCGUCGUCAUCAGGGACACCACCGCCGACGACAUUUCCGACUGGGUCCGGCCGAGCGAGGCCGUCGACGACGCGGACGGCGAGCGCUCGCCACCGGCAGCGGCAGCGGCAGCGGCAGCGGCAGCAAAUAUCGUCGAGCGCGAGCGGCCCGGCACAACCCGGACCGUCGGACGAGGCCUCCCGGGAGACGACGGCGAGGAGGAGGAGGAGGAGCAGGAAGAGGAGCAGGUCUCGGCCCUGGAGGAAGAGAGCGACGACGACGACGACGACGACGACGACGACGACGACGACGACGACGACGACGACGACGAGUUUGAGAGCGUCGGGGUCGACUUGAACGAGCGGCUGCGCGACCGGGCCACUCGCCGCGAGGCCGGGGACACGACCCUGGUGCUCGACGAGGAGUGGGAGCAGUGGCUCAAGAACGCCAUCGACUCGGGCGAGCUGACCCUCCUGACGGAGCAGAUGACGGAGCAGAUGCUGAGCCGGGUGUCCAGCAUGGUCGACAUCCCGGCCGCGCUGAUCCCCCCGGGCAUGCUCAGCGCCGCCCGCUCCGGCCAGUGGGCAGAAAUCCCCGAGGGCCUGCACCCCAUGCUGGCGCGGGCGCUGGUAGCCGAGACCCGCCAGGCCAGCCCGGCCUCUCGCCGCCGGCGCUCCGUGUCCGACGCCGCCCGCCGACUGCCCGUGCCCGUGCCCGUGCCUGUGCCGCGAACGCCCCGCCCGACCAUACGUCUCCCGAGUGCCCAGGACGCCUUUUAG